GGUAUUGGUUGAAGAAUAAACAAGUUAAGACCCAAGUUAAACAAGGGACACAAAAACAAGAGAAAGUUUCUUAUACUAUUGUCUUCUUUGGCAAUUUAACGUUAGUUUACCACAGAAUAUAUGCUCUUGAAACCGACCACCAACGGCUAUAUAUAUAGUAGGAGAAUCCAACACUCUUUAUUCAAAGCACUAAGCAUUUCAAAACCCCAGAAAAAACAUCUUCGCUUCUCUUACACAUAAAACUACUUUCCUUUUCACCCAACGAGAAAAUGAGUGUGGAAAUUUUGGAUGGUGCCACAAUUAUGAGCUUCCUUCAAGAUGAAGAAGCAUUUAGUGUGUUAGUAGGAAACAGGUUUGCUUACCUCGAUGCAGACCACGAUGGCCUUCUCUCCUAUGCAGAGAUGCUGAAGGAGUUGCAAAGCCUGAGGGUGUUUGAGACUCACUUUGGUGUUGAUGUGGAGCCUGACCCAGAUGAGCUUGCUCGCGUGUAUGAAUCCUUGUUCAUACAAUUCGACCACAACUUGAAUGGGACCGUAGAUCUUGAAGAAUUCAAGAAGGAAACCAAGCAGAUGAUGCUUGCCAUGGCAGAUGGAAUGGGAUUCUUGCCGGUUCAGAUGGUCUUGGAAGAAGAUAGCCUCCUGAAGAAAGCUGUUGAAAGGGAGUGCAAUAAAGUAUCUGCUUAAUACUACUCUACCCAAGUUCAAAGGAUUACAAGUUAUACAAGUAAAGAAACAUUUUAAUGUAAUGUGAUGUGUUGUUUUCUCGUUAUAUACUGUAAUGUGUAUCAACAAAACAAAUUUAAUGUGAGUUCUAACAUCAAAAUAAGGAUAGAGGAAAAAGGAAA